AUGCCGACAUUGAUUUGUGAAUUGCCACAUACUGAUGCCGACAUUAGACAAUGGUGUAGAGAUAUAUUUCUUGAAAAGGAUGCUUCAUUGGAGCUACAUCAGUCUGAAAACUCAUUUGGUGACAUGGAAUGUCAUGGCAUUGGAAGACCAAAGAAAUCAUUAUAUGUCGUCGUCGCUACAACCUAUCAGUGGGUCCCUGUCCACCUAAAUGUUCCUCCAUCUCAACUGUAUUAUCGACACCCUAGAAAAUCAAGGCGUAAGGCGACUACUAGACCAAAUAAUGCUACUGAAAAUGGUCAUGAAGCAAAGUCAAACAUUCAUGUUGUUCCUUUGUCACAGCAUAUGGAUAGUGGUAUAAGAUCUACAACAAUGGGAAAUGGAAAUCCUGGUGAGUCAUCAAAAGUGGAGAAAGAAGAGGGGGUGAUGACAUCUCUGGUUUAUGAUGGUGAUGAUGAAGAAAGUGAUGAUGUUUUAGGUGGCGGUUCCAAGGAGGAGGAGGAGGAAUGUAAACCAUAA